UCUCGGCAAAGGGAUAAUGUCAUCGCGAUGGCCCGACGGCACGAGAAUGCGCGCGCGGUACCGUAAUUCCAUAGAGUGCAUCCAGCGCGGUGAAUUGACGCGCAAUCAAAUCGCCGAUGCACAAAGAGGAUGUACCCGCGGUAACGGAGCGCCGUGUGGGAGAUUACGCGGAGUUUUCCUCGCGGGUGCCACCCUGCCCGCUGUCGCACGUGUCGACUUUUAAGUCCCCGAGCGGCUCCUUUCGACUCGGGAGACCUACUUUCCACCCGGCAAAAAGAAAUAUUUCCUUUCCACGAGGUUGAGGCUUACUGGCCCAUCUUUGCGCGAUUUCUCCGGAAAUCUUUCAAUUUUUCUCGUGGACAUAAGUGGAAUUGGUAAAAUUGCUCUCCUGUCGGAAAAUCAAAUCCUGAAGUCAGAUUGAAAAUUAUCAAUUUACCGUAAAGCUAUUCCUGUCGGGACUCUCUUACGUAAUUUUACAAUUUCACGUUUAUCAUUAACGAAGAAGCACGCGUGACAUCGGUCUUCCCCGAUCGAGACAUUACGUAACGCCACAGCUCGUUCGCGUGUCGUGUUUCACAAGCUGAACAUCAUCUUAAUGGCCCUUCACGCUAUAUCGAGCGUAUCGCGUAUCACGAUCGACGUCAGGCGCUCGUGCGUGAAAAGUAUCAGCGGUUAGAUAAACGUGCAAACUGCACCGUUCGCCGAUUUCCUUUGCCCACCCUCUAAAUAAUUUAACGGAGGCGCCCCCGUCUCUGUUUGCGCGAGUCCGUCAUCGUUUCCUCGUUUUAACGUACAUCCCACAGCCCGGAGAACGAUUUCCGAUAAUGCUGAUCCACUACACAUACAUCAAACCAAGGUCGCAGUUCGGUAAGCAAUGCUUCUUCGGAGAGACCGAUCCUAUCGUUCAGGAGAAUAUCCUGCCGGAUCCGGAACUCAUGCGAAACUACACCCGCAUGAGUCAUUGUCGCCGUGGCAUACAAAUGUCCAAGCAAUUCGCUCUUCACGAGAUGCAGACCGUCAGUAAGACAACAAAGGAGAGCGGGAUGUUACACUCGGAGGGCGGUUGGCCUAAGGAGAUAAACGUGAAGGACGACGAAGCCGUGCUGAGAUUUCGUCGGCGCGUGAUGAAGCAGUAUUGGGCGCCGAAGAUGAAGAACCUCACCGACCCUAUGGAGUACUAUGUACGGCAGAAUAAUGCGAUCAACAUCUACGAGAACUACUUUGACGACAUAGAACCUGAACUCAUUCUUCCUGGUGGUAUAAGAAUCUCAAACAUGUACGCCGAUCCACAACCUAUCGUAAGACCAAUCAAUCACCUGUCGUGGUCGCCCGUUGAACAGAAUCGAUUGGCUGCUACCUACUCUUUCAUGGAGUUCGAGACGAAACCAUCCAAUGUGAACUCCUCCUCUUACAUAUGGGACAUUGAGAAUCCUAACACACCGGUGAUAUGCCUGAGGUCGUCGACGCCGUUAAUAAUCGUCGAGUUUAAUCCGCGCGAUCCGUCGAUGCUGAUUAGCGGACUGAUGUCUGGCCAAGUGUGCAACUGGGACAUCCGAAUUGGGGAUGGGCCAGUGCAAAUGUCCCAUCGUCGGUUUAGCCACAGGUAUCUAUCUAUCUCCGAAUGGGAAGUUCCUCGGGACUUGCACCUACCCGCCGAGAUUAUUGGCCAGAACUUGGACGUGCUUGACUUUGAUGUAUGGCCUGCGGAAUCGCAAAUAUCCUCCGAGAGAAACGCCGCAAAGCCGUGCAAACGGUAGUUUCUGAUACCCGGAUUAAUACAGCCCUUGAUAUGACGUAUAUCGACAAGAACGUGUUAACACCGAUUAGAAACACGUGAACACUUCCGCAUGAAAUAUAAGCCAGAAGUUGCUACGUAAUUUUACUCGAGUUUAUGCAAUUAGAAUGAAACGACGUCGCCUGGAAAUCUGUUGAAAUUAUGUGCACAUCCGCGAAUAAUUUUAAUACUUUUUCUUUUGCCUUUGCUUCAAUCGCGAGACAUUAAUUAUUAAAUGAAUAAUCGAGAUUUCCUCUAUAAUUUCGCAUCACCGUUAAACUGUCGGAAAAUAUUGCGAUACCUUUAACUGAGAUGAAAUAAGAAAACAAGCGCAGCAAAGCGUCGCUCAGCUUUACUUAAGUCUAGAGGCUGCAAUCGCGCCGACUCUUAUAGGAUUUCACCUGUGCGUUAAUUAUUCAAAACACGCCAAUUAAACGGUGCAGACUCCGUGAGGGAAUGGUGUUCGUAAAGUGGUUCACAGCCGAUGAGGGGUUACGGAUCGUUGCAAUUCAUACGUAUCGUAAACGCGGUCGCAAUUUCUGCCGUCGUCGUGGCAAAAUGUUUCCAAAGAGCCUGCCGUUUCGCUGCCAAAU